AUGCAAGCCAAAGACAUCGCCAGCCCUUUGGGCGACAUCGCCCUCGAACCCCGGACAGAAAAUCUCGAGUAUGCGGUAGAUAGGAAAGACAGUUUCGUGCCCAUACGCACUUUUGGGACGGCAGCGGAACGUGCUCGACGGAAUAUGAACGCGAAGCUGGCAAACCCACUUGCAGGAUAUUCUCUUGAAGAGCUGCGCAAGCAGGGUAUCAACUUUGCUGUCACAAAUCAAAUAGGCGAUCAGGAAGAUAUUCGCGCCUUUGGACUGGGCGCGAUGUUGGCCCAGGCGCCGGAGAAGUUCGCAAGCGUACCUGGCUUGACAAGGGAAGAACUCGACGUUUUGCGACAUGAGUUUGAGAACCGUUGGUCACAGCCUUGGACCAUGUACCUGGUCAUCGUUUUGUGUUCUUUGUCAGCCGCUGUGCAGGGAAUGGAUGAAACCGUGGUGAACGGCGCGCAGAUAUUCUACAAGCAUCAGUUCGGCAUCGCGGAAGUAGACAACUCUAGACACAAUUGGAUUUCGGGGCUUGUGAAUUCUGCACCAUAUCUAUGCUGUGCUGUCGUCGGUUGUUGGCUGACGGUUCCAUUCAACUCUUGGUUUGGCAGACGGGGAACAAUCUUCAUCACUUGCAUUUUCUCGGCUACAACAUGUCUUUGGCAGGGCUUUGUCAAUACCUGGUGGCACCUUUUUAUCGCUCGGUUUGCUCUUGGCUUCGGAAUUGGUCCAAAGUCCGCAACUGUACCUAUCUACGCGGCGGAAACAGCCCCUCCAGCUAUUCGUGGUGCCCUUGUAAUGCAAUGGCAAAUGUGGACGGCCUUUGGCAUUAUGUUUGGGUAUGCCGCCGACCUAGCUUUCUAUCAGGUGCCUGAUUCAUCUGGCAUCGUCGGCCUUAACUGGCGUCUGAUGCUGGCCUCCGCUCUGCUCCCCGCGGUGAUCGUCUGCUGCUUCGUCUUUACGGUCCCAGAAUCGCCCCGUUGGUAUAUGUCCCGGAAUCUUUACGACCGGGCGUAUCAGUCGAUGUGUAGCUUGCGCUUCAAUAAGGUGCAGGCUGCCCGUGAUAUGUACUACAUGUACACCUUGCUUGAGGCCGAGAACUCGAUGAAACUAGGGCAAAACAAGCUGUUAGAGCUGAUCAACGUACCUCGGAAUCGCCGCGCUAUGAUCGCCUCUGAGCUCGUUAUGUUCAUGCAGCAGUUUUGCGGCGUCAACGUGCUUGCCUAUUACUCGUCCGAAAUCUUCCUGUCAACCAACCGCGCUGACAAUAAAUUGACCUCCUCUAACCAACGCAAAGCCCUCACCGCAUCACUCGGAUGGGGCCUUAUCAACUGGUUAUUCGCUAUUCCUGCUGUGUAUUCAAUCGAUACCUUCGGACGACGAAAUCUGUUAUUGAGUACAUUUCCUCUGAUGGCUCUCGCAAUGUUCUUCACAGGCUUUAGCUUCUGGAUCCCAGAAGAUACAGCAAACAACGCCCGCCUCGGGUGUACCGCAUUAGGAACAUACCUAUUUGGUAUAUUCUACUCCGUCGGCGAGGGACCCGUCCCGUUCACCUACUCCGCGGAAGCCUACCCGCUAUACGUCCGUUCAUACGGUAUGGCCCUGGCGACGGCUACAACCUGGUUCUUCAAUUUCGUGCUAGCCAUCACCUGGCCAGCGCUCCUUGGUGCCUUCAAACAUCAGGGAGCAUUCAGCUGGUAUGCCGCUUGGUGUAUAGUUGGCUGGUGGCUGAUUCUCAUGUUUAUGCCUGAGACCAAGGGCAAAACACUCGAGGAACUGGAUCAGGUGUUUUCGGUAUCUACGCAGUUCCACGCCAAAUACGGCUUACGGCAGAUUCCGUAUUUCUUCAGGCGAUAUAUCCUGCGGCAAUCAGUGCAGCCGGAAAUCUUGUACGAGCAAGACAAUUCUUCCACUAAUUUGGCGGAUGUGGGAUUUAACACGGUGUAA